AUGUUCAAGUCGUGCAACUGUCAGUCGUCGAUCGCAACACGUGUCGGCUUCGCCAUCAUCUUCUGUCUCGAUGCGCUCUUCGCCUGGCUGAGCUUGACGGGCUUCAUGAUGCACAAGAUAGAAGAGUGGUCGUACAACUACAUCAAGAUGGACUGCAAGGAUAAGGACCGCUGCUACGGCGUGCUCGCCGUCCACCGCAUUACCUUUGCGCUCUCGCUGUUCCACUUUAUCCUCGGUAUGAUGCUCAUCGGCGUCAAGGACACUCGAACCAAACGAGCAGCCAUCCAGAACGGCUGGUGGGGUCCCAAGGUGCUGCUGUGGCUGCUCUUGACUUUGCUCAUGUUCUUCAUCCCAAACGGCUUCUUCGUGUUCUGGGCUAACUACUUUUCGCUCAUCUUUGCCUCCAUCUUUAUCGUCGUCGGAUUGGUGCUGCUGGUCGACUUUGCGCAUUCAUGGUCCGAGACAUGCUUGGACAGGUGGGAGCAGACCGAGUCUGACUUCUGGAAGUUCACGCUGAUCGGAAGCACUCUCGGCAUGUAUGCGGCUGCAAUUGCGCUGACUGGAGUGCUUUACGGAUUCUUUGCGUCGAGCGGAUGCUCGCUCAACCAGUUCUUCAUCAGCCUCAACUUGGCGCUCAUCGUCGUCCUGACGGUGUUGUCCAUCAGUCCGCAGGUACAGGAAGCAAACCCGAGAAGCGGCCUUGCGCAGAGCAGUAUGGUAGCCGCCUACUGCACCUACCUGAUCGCAUCGGCGGUGAUGAACCGCGACAACGCCGAGUGCAACCCCAUCACCCGUGGCCGCGGCGGAAGUGCCAAGACCACCACGGUCGUCCUCGGCGCCGUGUUCACCUUCCUCGCCAUCGCCUACUCGACCUCUCGUGCAGCUACGCAGUCCACGACGCUUGUCGGCAAACGACGCGCCGCGCUCAACGAGAGUCGACCUCCCUCGGGAUACGGACCGCUGGCGACACGCGAGUCGCUCGACAACUCUGCGGGCGCAGUGGUGACGGAUCAACCCACCAAGAAGGAUUCGCUGCGCAUCCAGGCGCUGAUGGCGGCGGUGGAAGCGGGAGCCAUCCCAGCAUCGGCGUUGGACGAGGAGGAAGACGACGACGAGAUGGAAACGCGGUCCGAGAUGGGCGGAGAUGAGGACGACGACGAACGUCAGGGGACACGCUACAACUACAGCUUCUUCCACUUUGUGUUCGCCAUUGCUGCGUGCUACACGGCCAUGCUGUUGACCGACUGGCGGUUCGUACGUCUCGGUGGACCUUCGCCGGAUCCGAGCGAGGCGGGCGCGCCUAUCGCGUACAUCGGUCGCAGCACUACCGCCAUGUGGAUGCGCGUGGUGAGCAGCUGGCUCUGCAUCUGCAUCUACACGUGGAGUCUUGUUGCUCCUGUUCUGCGUAAGUAG